AUGGCAAGCACUGCAACUAUCUUAGUUUCAUGGAGGCAUGUGGUUGUUCUUUUUCUCCCCAUGAUUCUCAUCCUGGGUUUAGCAGCAGAAGAGCCAGCAAUAUACCUAGUCUUAAUGGAAGGAGACCCUGUUGCCUUCCACCAAGGUUCGUCACCUGAUCACCUCCAUGGAAAGAAACUGGACCCAGACAGUGAAGCUUUCAAGGCUCAUGCAAAGCACUUGGUAGAUUCGCAUGACCAACUUCUACAGGCCACUCUGGAGGUCGGGAGCUAUAGAAAGCUUUACAGCUUCAAACAUAUUGUUAAUGGCUUUGCUGUUCACACCAGUCCUUCUCAGGCUAAGAAGCUCAAAAUGACUCCGGGAGUGAAGUUGGUGGAGAAGGAUAGAGGUGCCCAAUUGAUGACAACUUACACUCCUGAGUUCCUUUCAUUACCUGAACGAGUAUGGACUCAAGAAGGAGGAGAGCGAAAUGCCGGAGAAGGCAUAGUUAUUGGAGUUGUUGAUACUGGCAUCGACCCAACCCACCCCAGCUUCGCCUAUGAUCCCUUAAAUCCAUUCACCACGAAACCUUCUCGAUUUAAGGGUGCUUGCGAGACGGGUCCUCAUUUUCCUGAGAGUGCAUGCAAUGGUAAGAUCAUCUCAGCAAGGUACUUCUCAGCUGGAGCUCAAACAACCGCGCCUCUCAACGCUUCGAUAGACUUCCUCUCACCCACGGAUGCAGUUGGUCAUGGGAGCCAUGUUGCCUCGAUUGCUGCCGGAAAUUUUGGAGUCCCAGUAGUCGUGAAUGGCUUCUUUUACGGCCGUGCCAGUGGAAUGGCGCCACGAGCCAGAAUUGCUGUAUACAAGGCAAUUUUUCCUAGCGUCGGAACUCUAGCAGACGUGGUUUGUGCAAUUGAUCAAGCAGUUCUAGAUGGAGUGGAUGUUUUAGUACUUUCAGUUGGACCAGAUGACCCUCCUGAAGAUACACUCACUUUCCUGAAUGUAUUCGACAUUUUCAUGUUAUUCGCACGACGAGCUGGAGUUUUCGUGGUGCAAGCUGCAGGGAAUAAGGGGCCGAGUCCAUCCACCGUUGUGUCCUACAGUCCUUGGGCAAUGGGUGUAGCUGCCUGCACCACUGACAGAAGUUUUCCUGGCACCCUUGUUCUAGGUGAUGGUCGAAGGAUCGGAGGCGUUGGGUUAUCAGGACCCUCUUUUGGAGGUGGGAUUUUUCUAUAUAAGCUGGUCUUGGCAAAGGAUGCAAUGAAGGCAAAUAGAACCUUCCCAAUGACCCCAGAAUAUAUUGAGGAGUGUCAGCAUCCAGAGGCAUUUGACCGGACGGUUGUGCAGGGCAGAAUUGUUAUCUGCACCUUCUCAGCAGGCUUCGCCAAUGCAACGUCGACUAUCACCGCCAUCAUUGACACUGCAAGGGUGCUAGGAUUAGCGGGUUUUGUUUUUGUAGCCAACCCAGAUUAUGGAGAUUUCGUUGCACAGCCCCUUCCCUUCUCUGUGCCGGGCAUCGUCAUCCCCAAAAUAGCUGAUACACAGAUCCUCCUGGACUACUACCAACGGACAACAAAGAGGGAUCAGUGUGGACUUGUCACUGAAUUUGGUGGAAACGCAGCCAUUAGAGAGGGAAGAAUUGCUUCUUACCAAGGGCGGGCACCCAUUGUUAGCUUAUUCUCAUCAAGAGGACCUGACAUCGUUGACAAAAGUGGGAACCUAACAGAUGUACUCAAGCCUGAUAUUCUCGCCCCUGGAGAUCUCGUAUGGGCAGCUUGGAGCCCUGUCAGCGCCUUGGAUCCCAUUCUUACAGGAUACAAUUUUGCGCUGUUGUCUGGGACUAGCAUGUCAACUCCACAUGUAGGGGGCAUUGCAGCACUCAUCAAGCAAAGCAAUCCUUCAUGGACACCGGAUAUGAUUGCUUCCGCUAUCUCCACUACUGCGUCCAAGAAUGACAACCAAGGGAAACCCAUCUUGGCACAAGGACCGGAUAUCAAUGGAUUAUAUCCCUCCACUCCUUUCGAUUUUGGCCCAGGUCUCAUCAACCCAGCGCGUGCACUGGAUCCAGGCCUUGUCUUCCCAUCAGGUUUUGAAGACUAUAUCGGUUUCUUAUGCUCCUUGCCCAAUAUUGAUCCUGCUACUGUCAAAGCUGCUACUGGAGUAUCAUGCAAUCACUCACUUGCCAAGCCAUCUGAUCUCAAUCUCCCCUCAAUAACCAUAUCGGCAUUGGUCAGAUACCAGUCAGUGCAACGAAGUGUCAAGAAUGUGGCAAGCAAGACAGAGACAUACUUGUGCUCAGUGAGACCGCCGAAAGGGGUUCUGGUCCAUAUAAACCCACCUUUGUUCACCAUAGCUCCACAGGGAACCCAAGAUUUGGAAAUCGGGAUCAGUGUGGUCCAAGCCCUCAAAACUUUCAGCUUUGGCGAGAUUGUUCUCACGGGAAAUUUAGAUCACAUAGUGAGAAUACCCUUAUCAGUUUUUCCCGUUUCAACAUCUUUGUAA